GAAGUAGGUAACGUAAUCCAUUACUCCAUUUUUGAAAACUUCUGUUACAGCCUCUCUCCUCCUCUCUCUGAAACACUCUCUCUCUUCUCCUCAUUCCAACACUCACCUCAAUCUUCUGUCUUCAAAUGCUUCUGUUCCUUGCAACCCAAUUCAAACCGAACCUUUGAAAUUUGAUUGAACCAAACUCAACAAUUUGGUCUUGUAAGUUUCUAAAUUAUAAAUCCUUUUGUUGUCGGUGGGGGAAGGAAAUGGGCUUUCUCGCCGGAAUUGUGAUCGCCGGUGUGAUUCUGAUGUCGGCAGCGACGGUGCUUUGCAGCAGCUUUCCGUCGACGCUGGUGCUGGAGCGGGCUUUCCCGGCGGACCACCGAGUGCCGUUGAGUCAACUCAGAGCUCGUGACAGAGUCAGGCAUGGCCGAAUGCUGCAAAGCUCAAGCGGCAUCGCUGACUUCCCGGUUGAGGGAACCUUCGAUCCAUUCCGGGUUGGGCUUUAUUAUACCAAACUGCAAUUGGGAUCUCCUCCAAGAGACUAUUAUGUACAAAUUGAUACGGGAAGUGAUGUUUUGUGGGUCAGUUGCGGUUCCUGCAAUGGUUGCCCCGAAACAAGUGGACUCCCUAUUCAACUUAAUUCCUUUGAUCCUGGAAGCUCAUCAACGUCACAGUUCAUUUCUUGUACGGAUAAAAGAUGCAGUCUUGGGGUUCAAUCCUCAGAUUCUGAUUGUUCCACUCAGAAUAACCAGUGCUCGUACACAUUUCAGUAUGGAGAUGGCAGUGGGACAUCAGGCUAUUAUGUUUCAGACUUGUUGCACCUUCAGACCAUUCUCGAGGGUUCUAUGACCCAAAAUUCUUCCGCUUCCAUUGUCUUUGGGUGUAGCACCUUACAGACUGGAGACUUGACAAAGUCUGAUAGAGCAGUUGAUGGGAUCUUUGGGUUUGGCCAACAGGGUAUGUCUGUCAUCUCUCAAUUGGCUUCACAAGGAGUUGCCCCUAAUGUCUUUUCCCACUGCUUGAGAGGAGAUACUAGUGGUGGAGGUAUUUUAGUUAUCGGCGAGAUUGUGGAACCAAAUAUAGUGUACAGCCCACUUGUUCCAUCACAGCCUCAUUACAAUUUGAAUCUUCAGAGCAUAUCUGUCAAUGGACAAGCACUGCAAAUAGAUCCAACCGUGUUUGCAACAUCAAGCAAUCGAGGAACAAUAGUUGAUUCUGGUACAACUUUGGCGUACCUUGCAGCAGAAGCUUAUGAUCCUUUUAUUAAUGCUAUUACCACUACAGUUUCACAAUCUGUGCGCCCUGUUGUUUCCAAUGGAAACCAGUGUUAUUUAAUCACCUCCAGUAUCAAUGAUAUAUUUCCUCAAGUGGCUUUAAACUUUGCUGGUGGUGCAUCUAUGAUUCUGAGACCUCAGGACUACCUUAUACAGCAGAGUUCUGUUGGUGGUGCUGCAAGGUGGUGCAUUGGCUUGCAGAAAAUUCAAGGUUCGGGAAUCACGAUUUUAGGAGACCUUGUCUUGAAAGACCGAAUCUUUGUUUAUGAUUUGGGCGGUCAACGAAUCGGAUGGGCUAACUAUGACUGUUCAUUGUCAGUUAAUGUCUCUGCAACUAGUAGAACCGGAAAAAGUGAAUAUGUUAAUGCAGGACAACUAAGCGACAGUACUUCUCUACAUAAUAGUCCUUACCAGCUUAUACCAGUUAUGCUGAUCUUAUACAUGCUAGGAAACUUCCUGUUUUUAUAGCAUUUCAUUCAAACCAUCUGUGGGGCUAUGGGCUACCCUUCUUUUUUUUCUCCUUUUGUAUAUUUUGUUCUCUUGCUGGUUUAUAUUUGCAGCUACCAGCAAGACCAUGUGCUAUAGCUUUCAUGACCCCUUUUGGUUGUUUAGUGUGUAAUAGGUUCUGUGGCUUUCAUCGUCAAAAGUUUUUUUUUUUCCUUUACCCAUUGUCCAUGUAGAGUUUACACAUUACUGUUCCACAAGUUGUAAAUU